AGAUUCGCUGAGUUUCUUAAACAAACAUGAAAUCAUUCUACCAAACGUUCUAAUAAUCGAGUAAAGAUAUAGCCAAAUAAUAAAUCAAUUAUAAUCUUACUAUAAUAACAAACAACUAAUAAUUCUAAAACAUGAGCUGGGAUAAAAUAUAGAAUAUUCUUUUAUCUGGCUGGUCUCACCUAGCUAUGACGGCUUCCCCUAAACCGGUUUAAAGGUCCGUUAUAUCUGUCCAGUACAGUUUUUUUUGCCUUGCAGCAGGUCAAUGAUGCUUAGCUCAUAACUUGCGUGUGUUAUGUUUAAAAUACGAGAACCAUCUCUUCAAAAUACUUUACCUGAUGAAGCUUACAUUUACAUUUAUUCGCACUGAAAUCUGUGAGAGAAUUCAAACGUAUGGAAGCUACAGAAAAGUAUGACUUAAACGAUAGUGAUAGCAUGACUCGAUAUUCAAAGGAACCUUAAACAAAUCAAGAUGAUGUCAUUCAUUCAUCAGAACAUCAGAGUUUGUCUUAUGUUCGCAAUGACGGCAUUUACCGUUGUUUGGCUUUCGACUUUCUCGAUUCAACUAGUAAAUCCAUCACGUCUAGAGAAUUAUGAUCCUUCUAUUGAGAUGAAUAACGAUAUUGUUCGUGAUGAAUACCAUGGAUUUGCCAUUCAGGAAGAACAAAAUGAAACAAAUGAAGUAGAAAUUAAAAAUUCUUCUAAGGCUCGGUCGAAUCCGCUGUCUCAUCGUAGAAUAUCUGAAGGCAUUAACUUGGCACCACCGCUGAAUGCGUCGUCUGGAAAAUCCUCAGCUAAAAUUUAUACGACUAUUCAUUAUAGGGCCCCGUCCCCAGACCUGGUCCGUGGGGCGUGGGUCCCGUGGCCCACAGACCCGCGGUGCAGGAACCUGACGGUGCACUUCACCCACGCGGUGCCCCCACGCGCCCUCGCGUCGUUCCCAGGUUCAGGCAACACGUGGGCGCGCUACCUCGUCGAGGGCGCCACGGGCAUCCACACGGGCUCCGUNGGC